UUAUUUUUUUUUGCUAUUAUCGCUAUUUUAUUCAGUCUUCCAGUGAAAGCAGAAAGACUCGAAGGUUUCGAUGGUAAAAUAACAGGGUGACCUAUAAACAUGGGAAUUUCACACCGCCCACAUCGAUAAAGACGUGGCACACGAGUAAAUGUUUUUAGAUCAGGAAAAGACUUUCGAUCGCACCGCAACACUUUUUCUUUCUUUAACAUUUUUCAUGUUUAAAAAAAAAAACUUUAAUCCAAUUCACUUUUGUUUUACUCAACAACACUGGCAUCCGAAUAGGAUUACGUUUCUCAGUUUCAGCAAAAACGAUACGACGCAUUUGGUAUCGGAGCCACCUACGUGUUCACUUGCCGCAUCCCCCACGCCCCCCCCCUCGCUUCCUCUCUGUUUGACCACAAAAAGAAAAUGUGGUACAAAAUUUCGACGAGCGACGUGUGAAUUCAGACAGCGAGAGCAACAACACAGCGGAAUGGAUUCCCGGCCGUGGUCCAUGAAGAAGGUUCUGCUGCAGGUAUGGCUCACUUUCCUCACCGUGGCCGUUCUGCUCGUGGGUGCGCUGCUGGGCUACUUCAUCAAGCAUGUGGCCUUCGUGGAACUACGAGAAGGCACAACGCUGAGCGGUGGAAAUAAUUUCAAUCCGACACGAGCUUCGUUGAUGUCCGUUGGGGUGUUCCCAGGUUCCUCUCAUUCAUACAUACAAAUCAUGAAACCUACUAAAGGACAACCUUGGGAGUCGAGCUCACCCACGUGCGACCGAUGCUCCCUAGAACUUCGGGAUGACUCCAUCCAGUUUGGGAGGGAUGGCGUCUACUUCCUGUACGCCCAGGUGACCUUCACUGAACAGUCCGGAAGCGGAGAGCAACGUGUGAUUGUGACAAAAAACGCCACGUCUGGCAAAAGCAUCAGGAAGCUGGUUGAGGGCUCCUACCCGGCGGGCACGUCCCACGGCUCCGUGUGGGUGGCCAAGAUGGUGCGCCUCCGGGAGGGGGACAGCGUCAGCGUUAAUAUCAGUGGAGACUUUCGAACCGACGACACUUUUUGGGGCGCCUUUCAGAUCCAUUAGCGGAGGCGGGGGACUCGAGACGUUUGACCUAACUCGAGCGAAGAUCAACAGAUUAUAUCGUGAAUCUCAUCUCGUCAAUUACGAGCGAGGAAAAAUAGCAAGUUUGAGCACAUCGUACCUCACUUUGUUUUGUUGGUUGGGUUCAGUAGGUGAAUCCAAACUGCAAUAUUUGGACUGGCCACUCGGUAGCGCUGUUUCUUCCUCGCCUUUAACAAACACUUUCACUUUGUGUGACGUCGCUCACUACAAGUGACAUCAUAAUAAACACACACACAUAGCAUACCUUAAUUAAUACACACCCGUGUUAAGUCAUUUUAAUUAUUCUAUGAAUAGACUAGAUCAGUUUUAUAUUCCAGAAAUAUGUUGUCUAAGUAAAAUAUGUUGUGAAUCAGAAAUGAAUGUUACUGCUAAUUUGCCGGGAAAACUGAAUAUCAUAUAUUGUCAUGUUU